CUUAAUCAUUUGCACAAAUCACUUCAACAGACAAACUGACAAAAUAGACCACAUUUAUGACGCAUACGCCAUGUGGCCCUAAAAAAACUAAAUGGGAUACACUAUAACGGGAAUUUGUUUAUAAUUAAUUUGGAUUUGCUUAUCAUUUGCUUAGCUAUUGAAGCAUUACUAAGUAUGUGCACGGUUAGUUAUGCUCAUAAUGACAUUUUAAUUGAUGGCCUUAACUCAACAAGUGGAAAUUGGAAAUUUUAUUUAGUUCUGCAAUGGAUAUGAAUCGCAUUUGUUGCUACCUGUGCCUACUCUGGCUGCUGGGCAUCGGCUUUACCGUAGAAGCAGCACGCCGUCUGCGGUAUAUGGUGCAGUUUCAUGGCUUCGACUGCAUCAAUCGCUGGUCGAUUGUCAAAAACUGGAGUUGCGUCAUCGCCGAGGAUGGCACUAUCAACACGGAAUUGACAGUGCUUGAGCCCAUACCUGAGGUCUGGAUCAAUUGUAAGAUGACCGUGUUGCGACCCCCAAAUACUGAAAUGGUUAUCUUCAAUACAACUUUGAAUAUCUGUAAACUGCUAAGCAGCGGCAGUACGGCUAACAGGCUAGUGACCUCUAUCUAUCAAACGAUGCUGAAGGCGACCAAUUUGGUGCCACAAUGUCCCAUUAGGAAGGGCCAUCUGUAUUUCCAUAAUAUGGCUAGCUUGGAAAAAUUGCCGGCUUUUAUGCCAGAGAUGGACUUUAAAACUUAUAUCAAAUUCUUUAAGCCUAACUCCACAGAGAAUUCAGAAGUUUUCUUGAACGGGAGUCUCAUCGAAACUAAUCGACUCCGUCAGAAGCUUGGGCAUUGA